AAUUCAAAAUAAAUAAAUGCUCAAACUUCAUCUCUUCUUCUUUCAAGAGCUCUUCAGCGAAACCCGCUGAAGCAUAUUUCCUCUUUCCUUUAUGGCAUAAUAAAGCUUAGAUGAACUGAAAUUGAAGAAACUGGGUAGCUUUCAGGUGUGUGCUUCUCUAUUUCUUGCUAGAUUUAGAAUCAAAUCUAGAAAUUGAGCAAAACCCACUAAUUUUUCCUUAAUGGGGCAUCAAAAUCUGGGUUUCUUUCUAUUUCCAUGGCUUCUGUUGCUCUCUCUGGUUCCCCUUUGUAUGGCGAGGUUUGUAGUGGAAAAAAACAGCUUGAGGGUGACUUCUCCUGAGAAAAUCAGAGGAACUUACGAUUCUGCCAUUGGAAAUUUUGGGAUUCCUCAGUAUGGAGGUAGCUUGGCUGGUGUGGUGGUUUAUCCAAAGGAGAAUCAGAAAGGUUGUAAAGACUUCAGUGAUUUUCAUAUCUCGUUCCAGUCGAAGCCAGGGUCUCUCCCUAUAUUCGUUAUGGUCGAUCGUGGAGAUUGUUUAUUUGCUCUUAAGGUUUGGAAUGCCCAAAAGGUAGGUGCUUCUGCAGUUCUUGUUGCAGACCACCUUGAUGAGCCAUUAAUUACUAUGGACUCACCAGAGGAGGAUGGUUCAACGGCAACAUAUGUAGAAAAUAUAACAAUACCAUCUGCACUUAUAAGAAAGGGUUUCAGUGAACAAUUAAAGAAAGAAAUCAAUGCUGGGGAAAUGGUCAGCCUGAGUCUUGAUUGGAGAGAAGCUGUUCCACAUCCUGAUGAUCGUGUGGAAUAUGAGCUCUGGACUAAUAGUAAUGAUGAAUGUGGGUUUAAAUGUGACAUGUUGAUGGAAUUUUUGAAAGAUUUCAAGGGUGCUGCUCAGAUACUUGAGAGGCGUCGGUAUACUCAGUUUACGCCACAUUAUAUAACUUGGUUCUGUCCCCAGGCAUUCACCUUAAGCAGACAAUGCAAAUCACAGUGCAUCAAUCAUGGAAGAUACUGUGCUCCCGACCCAGAGCAGGAUUUUAGUUCAGGAUAUGAUGGAAAAGAUGUGGUUAUUGAAAACCUGAGACAGCUAUGUGUUUUCAGAGCUGCAAAUAAUACUGGAAAACCCUGGAUUUGGUGGGACUAUGUAACUGAUUUUCAAAUUCGAUGUCCCAUGAAGGAGAAAAAGUACAACAAGGAAUGUGCUCACUCUGUAAUCAAAUCACUUGGGCUUGAUAUAGACACGAUAGAGAAGUGUAUGGGAGACCCAGAUGCUGAUUCUGAAAAUCCUGUCCUCAAAGAAGAGCAACAAGCUCAGAUUGGGAAGGGAUCAAGAGGUGAUGUAACCAUAUUGCCAACACUUGUGGUCAAUAAUCGACAGUAUCGAGGAAAGCUGGCAAAGGGUGCUGUUCUUAAGGCCAUAUGUGCAGGUUUUGAGGAAGCCACUGAACCAUCUAUUUGUUUGAGUAGUGAUAUUGAGACAAAUGAAUGCUUGGAGAAUAAUGGUGGUUGUUGGCAGGAUAAAACAGCCAAUCUCACAGCUUGCAAGGAUACCUACCGUGGGAGGGUUUGUGAGUGCCCCCUGGUAGAUGGAGUGCAGCUUAAAGGAGAUGGUUACACCAUAUGUGAAGUAGCUAGAGGGCCUGGAAGGUGCAACGUAAAUAAUGGUGGCUGUUGGCAAGAAAGUCGUAAUGGACUUUCAAUGUCUGCUUGUGUGGAUAAUGGGGAGGUUAAAUGUAAAUGUCCUCCAGGAUUUAGAGGUGAUGGUGUCAAGACUUGUGAAGAUAUUAAUGAAUGCAAGGAGAGGAAGGCUUGUCAAUGUUCCGAAUGUAGCUGCACCAAUACGUGGGGAAGCUAUGACUGUAGUUGUAGUGGUGAUCUUUUAUAUAUGAGGGACCAUGAUACAUGCAUAAGUAAGAAUGCUAGUGCAGCAAAAUCAUCGUGGAGUUUCUUUUGGGUUAUUUUGAUUGGCCUGGCUAUCGCUGCUGGUGGAGCAUAUAUGGUGUACAAAUACAGAUUAAGGGCGUAUAUGGAUUCUGAGAUCAGAGCAAUUAUGGCACAGUAUAUGCCCCUGGACAGCCAAGGAGAAGUGCCAAAUCACGCCCACGGGGACCACUUGGACCGCAUGUGAAAGUGGCCAACAUCGUUUCAUUUCAAGGGUUAGGAUUAGGAUGCCUUUACAAAUGGAAUGCUUCGUUGUGCUCUUUAAGCCGAUAGUCGAAUUUUUGGACAUGGAUCUCAUGCCAUGUUAUGAUAUGUACAUUAUUAGACAAUAAAGUAGUGCAAAUUGAAAUCCCUCAAUGAUUUGAGGUUGUAAACUUUUUUACCAGAUAAAGAUACUUAGGCUUUAGGUAUAUGUAUGGCUAGGGAUUUAGUUUGAAGCAUCUGAGAAAUCUGCCAACAACUUAACUUCAUUCCAUGAUUACAUUAUGUUGUUACUAUUUGUUCAUGUGAGAAGAAACAAGCUUUUGCCUCA